AUGCUUCCUGCCAACAUCACUAGCUCCAUCUACUCCACCUUCCUGGUUACAGGGAUUCCAGGGCUGGAGGCUGUGCACACCUGGAUAUCAAUACCAUUCUGUGCCAUGUUCCUCAUUACCAUGGUGGGCAACAUGGCCAUCAUAGUUCUUAUCUGGCAGGAGCAGGCUCUUCAUGUUCCUAUGUAUCUUUUUCUAGCCAUGUUAGCUGCCUCUGACCUGGGUCUCUCUCUCUUUACCUUCCCCACUAUGUUGAGGAUCUUCUUGCUGGAUGCUAGAGAGAUGACCACCUCUGCUUGCUUCACCCAAAUGUUCUUCAUUCACACCUUCCAAGACCUUGAAUCAGCUGUCAUUCUGGCAAUGGCCUUCGACCGAUAUGUGACCAUUUCUCACCCACUUCAUUAUCACUCCAUUCUCACAACCACUGUGAUUGCCAGGAUGGGAUUGGCUAUUGUUGUACGAACCUUAACUGUGCAGGUGCCUCUCCCCAUUCUCUUGAGGAGACUUCACUUUUGUCACUCCAACACCCUUUCUCAUUCCUACUGUUUGCAUCCUGACAUCAUAAAGCUUUCCUGCUCCAGUACUAGAAUCAACAGUAUCUUUGGACUGUUUGUGGUGCUCUCUACCAUGGGGCUUGACUUUCUCCUCAUCCUUCUUUCUUAUGUAUUGAUCCUGAAAACAGUACUGGGCAUGGCUUCCCAAAGUGGUCGCCUCAAGGCUCUCAACACCUGCAUAUCUCAUCUUUGUGCCGUGGUCCUCUUCUUCACGCCCAUGAUCUGCCUAUCCAUGCUGCACCGCUUCGGCCCAAGACUUCCCUCACAUGUCUAUGUGACCUUGGCCAACAUGCAUUUCUUAAUUCCCCCUGUAAUGAACCCGAUUGUCUAUGUGGUAAAAACCAAGCAGAUCAGAGACAAAAUUCAGAAACUUUUCAUUAUAAAAGCAACAGAAAAAGCUCAGGUGGCAUCUGUAACAUAA